AUGGCCUCCGCGACUCAAAGUGAUACCACAUUCCUCGACCCGAACGAUAGGUUCUGGAGUCUAUACAUCGCUGAUGCGGAGAAGCACGACAAGAUACGACUCGAGCGCUGGAAAGGAGAUACAGAUGGGAUCUUGAUCUUCACCGGUCUCUUUGCGGCCACUGUCGCUACUUUUGUUGUCGCCAGUAUCCCUGACUUGUCCGCCGACUCAGGCGACCAAACUGUUGCUUUGCUCUCGCAAGUCCUGGCCGCGUUGGCGAACCAAACACAAGGCAAUGCGGUGUCUAUCACCCAACCGGACGCUUUCCAACCGUCGGCUUCUUCUGUAUGGGUCAAUUGCUUAUGGAUGUCCAGUCUAUCCGUGGCGCUUUUCUGCGCACUGGCUGCCACGCUCGUGCAGCAAUGGUCUAGAGUUUACUCACAGGGAACGCAGAGACGCGGGAGGCCCAGUAUCCGCGGCCCGGUCUAUGCCAAACUAGCCGAUGGUGUCGAACGUUUUCGCAUGGAGGAUGCCAUAUCGGUCAUCGUCUCGCUAUUGCACCUGGCGGUUGCUCUCUUCUUCGCAGGACUUCUUAUCCUGAUAGUGGCUACCAACCGUGCAGUCGCCAUCGUCCUGGCAGCUGUGAUAGCAACUGGCGGCUUGUGCUAUGGUUUCACGAGCAUCAUACCGAUUUUCACUUCAUGGUCCCCGUACCGUACGCCUUUGAGUCUCGUCAUCAAAUACUUCUUGCUCUCGGUGGCAUACGUGGGCAUCAGCCUCUGGACCAUCUGUCCUUGUUUCUCGAGCUAUGAAGAGGUGCCAUACACGGAUAUGACACACGAAUCCAUCGCCAUAACCCGCCUAAGCGGCACUUAUACCAGUGGUCCCUACAAGAAGAAUGCUCUUACCAGCACAUACGAAUGGCUACGGACUCGACCAGUCUCAGCACCUCCCAAGGCGUGUUCCCCGCUUGAGCGGGUGAUCGGUCAGCAUCACGCCAUCAGACAAGUCUGCAGAUCUGUAGACGAACUGCACGAAGUCGAGCAAACCUGCGAAGCUCUCAUUCCUAUAAUGAAUGCCGCGAAGAGCGAUGCGCGACAGAGACUUCCCCUUGCGAGAUUGCUCAUACGCGAGCUGAACAUCAUCGAUCUACUGGCCAAACUUGCAGAUCAGAAGAACGAGGUGGUACCGAUGCAGGCAGCGGAGACGAGCGGCCGCAGGAUUAUAGCGGUCGUCUCGUUGGCCAGCUCGCUGAUACGGUGCAGUCUUCCCUCGGGCAUUUUCUCAGGUGCACCUACCACCUCUCUUCGCCUCGAUGAACUCGACGAAGCCUACGUCGGACUGUUCAAGAUCGAGACGAGCGACUUGCUCACUCAUAUUGAUGUCUCUCGCUCGAAACUGCUUGCUUCCAGACGGUCGAGACAGGAAGGAAUACACGUAGCCCUUGAUUGCUUCUUCGCAACGCUCCGGGCGGAUAUGCUCGUGGUCAUCGCUGCUCAUGAAAGGAUCGCUGUUGGGGUCCGCGAGAACACAGCGAAGCGCCUGCUUAUGGCCCUCGUGAGUGAUUCGGCGGCCAGAAGCGCGUGGCUUCCCGAGGGGUUCGACCAUUACACGGAUAGUGUGGCGACCUUCCACCUCGCGCGCCGCUUCCUAUUCGAUAACUGCAUGUGGAUAUUCGACACGAUCAUCAACGUCUCGUUGCAGCAAGAGGGGCUCAGCUUGCUCGAUUCGCUGGAACACUUUUGGGCCCCUCGUGUUGAGCAUGUACGCAAAGCGGCCAUGCUAUACUUGCCCCAAUUCUACAUUAGGCAAAGGAAUAGUCUUCGCGCAAACCUGGAGAGAAUCCUCAAAAAGCUGGGUACCGACCUGCCGGGUUUGGCAAACGAUGUCGCGUUCGACGCGUAUUGGGCAACCAUUGAAAGAGAACAACUGAAUCCGCGUAUUGCUCGACUGUUCGAUAGGUUUCCGCAGUUCAGAGACUCACUCGUACAACUCUGCACAGAACUACAAAGGCAGAUCGCCUGGGGACGCACAGUCCAGCAUGAAGUCUCACUCCAUCGGGCUCAGUUCCCGGGAAGUGAGAUCGGGAGCCAAUACCUGACAUGA